AUGGCCAAGUUUCCGGUAACAUUUGGCAAACGGAAGUCCGCCACGAGCAAUGCAGACCCCGAUGGUCAGGUUUCCUCCUUCCGCGUGUUGGAACGGACUGAAGUUGCCGGAGUCAAAUCUUUCGAUGGCGGCUCCGGGCUCGGUCGUCCAAUUGCCACCACUGUGCGGCCGUAUUCGCAGGUGAAUAUGGUAGCUGACGAGGAUAACAUGUUUGCCAAUCUUCAGAUAAAUCGCGCCAGCGGGUCCUCUAAUACCACGAAAACCGCGUCCACGGACACGUCAUCUCGACAUAGCGCCGUCUCAACAACACCGUCGUCUGCAACUCCGUCUGCGGACCCCAACCACGCACAGAUCCUUGAUGAUGCAAGGAUAGCUAGAAAGCCCCUGGCUGCUGAUAGCGCUCCGCUCCAAGCCUCCAAGUCUGGCUCCGGCUUCCUCAACCGUGCCGGCCGCACCUUUUCCUUUGGCUCAAAGAAAACCCUCCCCCUGGUGCCAGGCGACACACCACCCCCCACAGCAACACCACCUAAACUAGACGAGGACGAGUUCAACCUCGAUCUUGGUGGUGACUUCGGCAAGAUGUUUAACGGCUUCGAUAAGCGUGCCAGUGUCGCAACGAUUCGAAACGGUCCUCCCCAAAGCCUUCAACCCCUCCAACCUCGCUCGCUUACAGAUAAUCGACCAUCGCCAUCGGCACAGCCUAACUCUAUGAGGCCCCCGCCCUCUCCACAUUCCGUCAAUAGCGAUCAUUCCAGCGAUGGCCUCCUCUUGUCUUCCAACGCUGAGCGACCUUCUCUUUUCUCGCGACAUACUGGGACCCCUGUCCAGAAGCUAAAUCGGCCCGCCGAUAUAAUCGAAGACGAGAAUGCCAUGCUCCUCAAAGAAUCCCUUGCUGCAAGCAAAUUCCUUACCGCCCCAGGUGCCAGGGCGACCCAGACUAGCCGUGCGAGACAAGACGACGAGAGGAUAAACAGUCCUGCAUGGAAGGCUGAUCACGGCGGAAAUGAAGAUAACCUGUUUGAUAAUAAUCUUCUACACUCGACAAGAGUAGCCCAUCGAUAUGUCUCCCGACCUCCGAGCCCUCCCCGAAACCGAGUCAUGACUCCGGCUCAGUUCGAGCAGUACAAGCAAGAGAAGGAACGCACCUCGGGAACCAAGGCAAACGUGGAAGGGGAGGCUAAGGACGACGAAGAUGAAGAAAACUACGAGGAUGACGAAGAUGACAUUGAACGCUCGAGGCAGGCCGCGAAGCAGCGCAAGAAGCAGGAGGCUCACAUGACCGUGUACAGACAACAGAUGAUGAAGGUCACUGGAGAGUCCGCUAACCCUCUACCCCGACCACCCCUUGCAACGUCAGCCACUGCUCCAGUUCUUGUCACGGCAUCGGACGGGUCAGAUGAGGACGAGGAGAUACCGCUGGCGAUCCUCGCUGCGCACGGCUUCCCAAACAAAAAUCGACCUCCCGCGCGUCUGAAUAACGCAGCCUCCAACCCAAAUAUUCGCUCGUCAAUGAUGGCGGGCGGCGGACAGCCAAGCCGACCACUCGCUGACAACGGCUCUGCUUCAUCUGGGGUAACGGCCGGGCGAUCCUCUCAGCUUCCGGCUUUCGCACGGAAUCUUCCGCAAGAUCCCUUCGUUGGCGCUGGCCUUGUAAGAAACGCCACGAGGGAGUCCAUGGCUUUCGCUGGAGGUGCUCCGGCCCCUGCUUCCCAGUCCACUCUCCCUCCCGGUGGCUUGGUCGGCGUUAUUGCCAACGAAGAGAGGUCACGGGCGCUGCGCCGUGGUAGCCCCAACGUGGAUAGCAAACUCAUUAAUGGGGUCAAUGGCCCUCCCGUAGGUUUCGAUCCUAUCACCGCUCAGCCUCGUGGAUCCAACCAGUCGGUUAUGCGCCCUCAAUUCGCGUUCAAGGAGAUGGCUAUGCCCCGUCAAUCGCGCCUUCUGAACGAAGCAAUAUCGGCUUACCUGGACGAUAUCGCCCAGUGUCGCAAGCACCACAUGAUGCGAUGCGUCGAGUUUCAACCAUGUCGGGGGCUUUAA